UUGCUUGACUACUAACAUGUGAGAAACAUUGUAAAAAACGAGCUGGUUUCCUCAGUGACCGAUGACAUCAGUCUGUUAGGAAAGAUUUCUCCUGUCAGCCAGCUGUAGUAAAACUGCAAACCGUUUACAGGCACACUGAGAGAUUCGCUCGUCCCUUUCACACAGCGUGAAAAUUUGAACGCCGGACUGGACUGGAAUUUUUAGAGUUACAAGCUCACCAUGAACACGACUGCAGAAACGCUACAGUCCAACAGCACCUUCCUGCCCUACUAUCUCCAUUCCACUGCUGUGGCAGCAAGCUACAUUGUGGCCUACUUCCUCAUUUUCGUGCUGUGCAUGGUGGGAAAUGGGCUGGUGUGCUUCGUGGUGCUCCAGAAUCACAGGAUGCGCACUGUCACCAACCUCUUCAUUCUCAACCUGGCCAUCAGUGACCUGCUGGUGGGCAUAUUCUGUGUGCCUACCACACUAGUGGACAAUCUCAUCACCGGUUGGCCCUUCAGUCAGUUCAUGUGCACCAUGAGUGGUCUGAUCCAGGGAAUGUCUGUCUCAGCUUCUGUCUUCACCCUGGUGGCCAUUGCGCUGGACAGGUUCUUUUGUAUAGUCUACCCCUUCCGACAGAAGAUGAGCAUGUUCAAAGCUGUUCUUGCUAUUGCCUUCAUCUGGAUGCUGGCCUUUGCAAUCAUGUGCCCUUCAGCCACCAUGCUGACUGUGAUCCAUCUGAAGGACACCUACGUGGUCCAAAAUAAUGACACCUACCCACUCCUCACGUGCUACGAAGACUGGCCUUAUCCAGAGAUGCGCACCGUCUACACCACCAUUCUCUUUGUGCACAUAUACCUCAUGCCUCUGGGUCUCAUCAGCCUGAUGUAUGGGAGGAUUGUGGUGAAGCUCUUCAGCAAGCUUGGGCCAGUGGGCCAGAGGUCCAGAGAGCUGCAAGAGGAGAGAAACUCUGUCUCCAAGAAAAAGGUGAAGAUCAUCAAGAUGCUGAUCAUCGUGACCAUGCUCUUCAUGGUCUCUUGGCUUCCUCUUUGGACACUGAUGCUUCUGACGGACUACAGAGACCUCAGCGAAGAGCAGAUCGACUUUCUGAGCAGCUACAUCUUCCCCUUCGCCCACUGGCUGGCCUUCUUUAACAGUGGUGUGAACCCCAUCAUUUACGGAUUCUUCAAUGAGAACUUCAAGAGGGGGUUCCAGGCUGCCAUCUCCUUCCGAUUCUGCUCCCUGGAAAACAUCCAUCAGGAGGUUUACACCCAAAGGACUCCCUGGUCCAGUGGUUUUUCCCUGCACAACAAGGUCUCCAAUGUAGAGUCCUUAGAGUCUACUGUGUGCAAAGUCACCAACAGAAAAGGUAUCCCACAAGGCACUCCCAAGGGAACCCAGGGAAUAAACCUAGAGGACAUUAGUAGAAUCACCACUCGCAGUGGAGUCUGUACAGCCUGGGAGGAAUGAGGCAAGAAUAAACUGUUCUGUAUCCAUCUCUCCAGGUCCCCACAUGUUUAAGACUAUAAAGUGCAGUUGGAUGUCAUAAAUGGAUAUUCAAAAUAUUUACUGAGUCAAUCAUUGACAGCACCACUUGUGAAAUGUAAUAGUUCUUAGUUGUUCCCUCCACUGGGAAUCUUACAUUUACUUAUUUGUCACCUGAUGCAAAAUUCUCAAAGGUAUCCUAAUUCCUGAUUUCCAUGGUUUCUCCUCCUCCCACUGUGUGCCUUCAAUACAUCUCCUGGGUAAGAUCUAAUGUUGUUUUCUAACUGAUGGUGGCCAAGGUUACUGCCCUCUCAAACAAGCUGUUUUGUUUUAGAGUACCUCCAUUGAUGUAUCAGCACAACAAUAAUCUAUAUUACUGUAUUAUUUAAAGUUUGAAGCAAUAUCUGAAUGUCAGGUUUUUGUUUCGUACUGAAGCAUUCCACUGCCCUGGAACUCAAGACUGUGUGUCUCAUCAUGUACAAGAGAAUUCCAUAGUCGGGGAGCAUCAGACAAUAACCCUCUAGCUCUGACUGUUUUCUGGAGUUUUCUUAGUAUAACCAGAGUGUCAGAGAUUUCAGAUCUCAGAGAGGGUACAAGAGCAUAUGGAGUUAGUAGAUGCUGAAGAUGUUACUACAGCAGUUUAUGAAUCAGUUACUGAAUUCACAGGCAAGCAAUUCUAGCGACAUUAGAACUGGUGUAAUGAACAUAAGAACAGUUCCAAACAAGAGGAGACCAAUCGCCCCAUCCAAGAGUGGUGUUUCUAAUUUAUUUUGGUGAUACUUUUAUCCAAAAAGACUUGCAUUUGCACAGGUGGGCAUUUAUACACUGGAGCAACCUGGAAGAAGUACCUUGUGCAAGGUGACAACAACAGUAGCUUACUCAGAAAUUGACCUCAAGUCCGGAAUGUAAACUGUUGCUCCACACUACAACCCUUGAUAGAAUGUCUAUUGCCUGAGAGAGGGCUUGCAACUGCAUUUUAAGCAAGGUGAAGCCUCUGCCAAAUUAUAUCCUGGCAUAUUGAUGAUGAUGUGAUCAUGUGAGUGGCAUUCUAAAUUGCAUGUUGCAUGAAGUGUCUCAUAGUGUGAAGACAUGCGUUUUCAAAGCACGUGUUAUGUUUCUCCUGCCGAGAUUUCUAAUUCUAGCCAUUCCUUUCUAGGUAAAAGCUGUACAAUGAAAAGCAGCACACAGUUCCUGCUCCAAUCGCCUUUCAAUCUUUUGCUUUCUAAUAGAACUUGGAAGGUUACCCAGAAACAUCUAUUGUACUGAAAAGAGACAUUUUGUCUGCAACUGACAUUUGGAGAUAACAUACAGAUUAGCAUGAUCGUGUUAAGCUUUUUCAAGGUCUGCAAUUCCAGCACAGCUCUACGGUUAACCAAUGCUGGCUAAGUGACCUUAAGCAUUUUCUAAGGUGUAAUUAUUGUGUGUGAUGAUGUUUAAAAACUAAUAAUUUUCACAUGGCAGCUCAAAAGGUGCAUUGAAUGUUUUCUUGUUCAAAGGCAUGAAUCAUAGUUAAACAUUCAUAGUUUUCUACAAAGAUGAAUUUGUUACAUUUCUUACUUUUCUCUUUUUCCAUUUGGAUCUUUUCUGUUUAAUUUGUCUUACUCUCCACCUUUGAAUUUACAUUGCUGCUUACUCUACAUCUAGUGUAAAAUGCACAAAGCUCUGUCGUAACAAAAUGCUUACCUCUCAAAAACGUUACAACCGUUGGAACAAUAAAAACAUAUUCUGCAAAAAUGUUUGCAACUACGGAAGCCUUUUAGUGCCAAGGAGAAUUAUUUUUUGUGUUUCUAUGAGAUAGUUUUGCAUUUAAACAAGAAAAUAAUUGUGCUUUUCCAAGAAUUUUAUUGUGUUUAUAUGACAAAGUAACGCUUCUACACGUAAUAGUCAAUUUGUGAACAAUAUUGCCUACUAUAUCAAUAUCUUCUGUCUUCUGUUUUAACAUUUCAGGGUUCUAUGUAAAUGUAAAGAUGUACAGAUUAUCACUACCUAAAUUAAUCAAUGCGCAGUUUUUGUAAUCUGCAGUAGACCCCGCUCCACAUAAGCAGGUUAGGGUGCAGACUAGAAUAUCUGGCAAUUGUUAUGUAUGUUAAUUGCAGUUUGCAGAGCAAGCCAAUGUGAACCACUGUUAUAAAGUGAAAGUGUAUGUACAGUAUUUAAAUCAUGCUGUUCUUUUGUAUCAUGGAUUUUCAGGCCAACAAUGUCUCCUUUUCUGGCAGUGAUAUGAGAAUCCAGUGUUCUAAAACCGUGUCGUGAUGUUACGUUUAUGAGCUGUUCAACAUAAGUAAAUCACUUUUGCUUCUGAAAGACUUUGACCUUCUUCCAUCCUUUGGAGAAGAUGAACACCAUUGCAAGCAGGAUGGUGGGGUCCGUGAAUCAGAUAACGCCUAUAACAUUAAUCAAAUUAAUGCAAUAACACAAGAACAAAUGGAGUUUAUUUAAUGAAAGUUCAGGAGGGAUGACAACA